GCGUGUUUCUGCCUGCUGUCGCGUCGAUUCACUGACAUCGCGCUUGCCUAUGUAUUUACCCUCCAUUGAUUCUCGCUGGGGUGGCAAGAAGUCUUUCAUACUUGGAACAAUUGCUCGACAAGUCUCUGAAACGAGAAAAGAUUCAAGAUGGGAGCAGCAUCCCCUCUCGUCGCGACGCCACUCGCUGGCAAGGACAAAACUCUAGGCAAGCGGAUGCCAACGCCCUCUUCGAUUGACCGUCUUCACAAACCAUUCAAAUGUCCUGGUGUCGCUGGAAGAAGUCCGGCUGUUAAUCGACCUUCUCGCAAGCGAAGAAAGGUUGAUUAUGGUGGUGCCGACGGUGAAGCAGAUAGUGAUAAGCCAUACUCCAACGACGAAAGGCUUGCGCUUGCCACUCGAGAUAUCAACCGUUUCCCCGUUUUCCAGGCCAAAGAUAAAGGUCUCGUUUUCCGCAAGGCCUUUUCCGUGCCAUUGAAGAACAAGGACAGCGCUGCAUACAACCCCAAUCGUGCCCCUCCUACACUGGGUCUGCGGCAAGGUGCAGUCUUCAUUGCGAAGCCCCUACAUGACCCUAGUGGCGAAUUCGCAAUUGUCCUUCAUGACCCGACUGUCGACGACAAACCAAAAGAUGUCCCCAAGGCACUUGAGCCCGCCAAGACAGAAGCUGCUAACGGGAAACUUGAUGCUCCACUCGUACACAAGAGUCUUGCUGAGAUUCUCGGAAUCAAGAAGAAGGUGGACGGCGAACACCCUCGCGUUCCAGUCGUCAUUGACCCGAAGCUGGCCAAGAUCCUUCGUCCCCAUCAGGUUGAAGGUGUCAAAUUUAUGUAUCGAUGUGUUACUGGUCUGAUUGAUGAGAAGGCCAAUGGCUGCAUUAUGGCCGACGAAAUGGGUCUCGGAAAGACUCUUCAGUGCAUCUCUCUCAUGUGGACACUACUCAAGCAAUCCCCCGAUGCUGGGAAGCCGACAAUUCAGAAAGCAAUCGUUGUCUGUCCUGCCAGUUUGGUCAAGAAUUGGGCAAACGAGUUGGUGAAGUGGCUUGGUCCUAAUGCCAUCAACCCAUUCGCCAUCGAUGGAAAGGCGUCUAAAGAAGAACUGACGCGCCAGCUUCGACAGUGGGCAAUUGCUAGCGGACGGGCCGUUACCAGGCCAGUCAUCAUUGUUUCCUACGAAACUCUACGACUGAACGUGGAGGAGCUGAAGCACACAAAGAUUGGCCUGCUUUUCUGUGAUGAGGGACAUCGUCUCAAGAAUAGCGACAGCAAUACCUUCAACGCUCUCAACAGUCUUAAUGUUUCGCGGCGUGUCAUUCUCACAGGCACACCUAUCCAGAACGAUCUGACGGAGUAUUUCUCGCUCACAAGUUUUGCAAAUCCCGAUCUGCUCGGCACACGACUGGAGUUUCGCAAACGCUACGAGAUUCCAAUCCUCCGUGGUCGAGAUGCUGAUGCGUCAGAGGAAGAUCGAAAGAAGGGCGAUGAGAGCACUGCGGCAUUGCUUAAUGUUGUCAACAAGUUCCUGAUCCGUCGUACAAACGACAUCCUUUCCAAGUACCUGCCUGUCAAGUACGAGCACGUUGUGUUCUGUAAUCUUGCACCCUUCCAGUUUGACCUCUACAACUACUUCAUCAAGAGUCCUGACAUUCAGGCUCUCCUGAGAGGCAAGGGAAGUCAGCCCCUGAAAGCCAUCAACAUUCUCAAGAAGCUCUGCAACCAUCCUGAUCUUUUGAACAUGGCGGACGAUCUGCCGGGCUCAGAGCAGUGCUUCCCAGACGACUAUGUGCCCAAGGAAUCCCGUGGUCGAGAUCGCGAGAUCAAGUCAUGGUAUUCUGGCAAAAUGGCAGUGUUGGAUCGCAUGCUGGCUCGCAUCCGCCAAGAUACAAACGACAAGAUUGUGUUGAUUAGCAACUAUACUUCAACACUGGAUCUUUUUGAACGAAUGUGCCGCUCUCGUCAGUAUGGUUGUUUGAGACUCGACGGAACCAUGAACGUCAACAAGCGUCAGAAGCUUGUUGAUCGGUUCAACGACCCUGAAGGUGACGAAUUCGUCUUUCUACUGAGCAGCAAGGCUGGUGGAUGUGGUAUCAACCUGAUUGGCGCGAACCGCCUGGUGCUAUUCGACCCCGAUUGGAACCCGGCUGCUGAUCAACAGGCGCUUGCUCGAGUGUGGCGCGAUGGACAAAAGAAGGACUGCUUCGUGUACCGCUUCAUCGCAACGGGCACUAUUGAGGAGAAGAUUUUCCAGCGCCAGUCUCACAAACAGAGUUUAUCUUCUUGCGUUGUGGACUCGGCGGAAGAUGUUGAACGACAUUUCUCGCUCGACAGUCUCCGUGAGCUUUUCCAGUACCGGCCAGAUACCAAGAGCGACACUCAUGAGACGUUCAAGUGCAAGCGGUGUAAGCCUGAUGGCAAGCAGUAUAUCAAGGCGCCGGCCAUGCUGUAUGGUGACACCAGCACAUGGAAUCAUUUUGUCAACGAAGGACUGAAGCCAAUUCAGGACUUGCUCUUGAGGCAAGAAUGUGGAGAGUCCGAGGUUUCUGCUGUGUUCCAGUACAUUUCUCACUAAGUAAUCAGCUGCGUGUCUUUAAUAAUUCAUGUUCACGAGGCAUUCGGGGCGUUCUUGUGGAUUAGCGGUAUUGGAAGGUCAUGAUCUGUUUUACGGAGUUUCAUCCCAGACCUGUUUAGGUAGACAGGCUUCAUUGUAGAGCGAUAUUAUAGGUCAAAAUACUGAUAGAAUAUAAAAUACUACAAGUGUCCCAGAGCACAGUGGGUUUUGCACCAA